AUGAGCGUGCCGGCUGAUGGAUGGCUGAUGCAAUUCUAUCGGAAUCCUCUGACGGAGGUGGUCCGCUUCUUUGAAACCUUCCACUCUAAAAGCUACCUCAUCAUCAAUGCUUGCCCCGAGAUUCCAUACAACGAGGCGGCUUUCCGCACCGGGCAGGUGGAGAGGUUUGAGGUCAAGGACCAUCGCCCACCUCCCUUGGCUGAGCUCUUGCGAUUCCUGGCAGUGGCCCAGGCAUGGUCAGCCAAAUGCAGGCAGAACGUCACCGCGGUCCAUUGCAGAGGUGGGAAGGGUCGCACUGGAUCCUUUUGCUGCUCAUGGCUGCUGUAUACAAAGGAGGCGGAGGAUGCGGAGGACGCGCUGAAUUUUUUCGCUCUGCGGAGGACCGAUCUCGAGAAGAAGCGCUUGUCAAAGGUACAAGGAGUCGAGACGCCCUCCCAAGUUCGUUAUGUUGGAUAUGUAGAUCGUCUGCUGCGCGAGCAGAUGGCGUAUCUUCCGGCUCCGGUCAGUGUGCCGUGCUCGGAGGAGGUGCUUCUGGAUAGCGUGAACGCAACCGAGUUCUUUACGGAACAGUUCGAGCUCCAGUUUCGAGGACACCACCUUGUAGCAGUCCUGCAGGACGCAAGCAGCGGCAGGUCGCUAGCAUCAUCUCUUGGACAGGGCACUGGGAACUCGAAGGUCUGGCCUUUUGGCACUGCCAGACUGAGUGGUGAUGUUGGUCUUGUCGUGUACACGUGCCAUCCUGACGGACUCCCGGCGGACAGGGAGCAGGCGGCUGCCCUCAUCUCGGAAGGAGCCUGGCAAGGAUCCCGAAAGUGCAAGAUCAAGGAAGCCUUUGGCUGCUUUUUUCAUGUGAACUUCCUGGAUGGCGAAGUCCUGAAGAUUCCUACGGCAGAAGUGGACCAGGCGUGCAAGCGACCCGAGCUGUUUCGCCCCAAGGGCAUGCUCAGCUUGGCCUUCAAACGAGCCUGA